CCUCCACCGCCCAUACGAACCCAGCCAAUCAUGCGGCUGUCUUCUAUACGAAGGGAGUGGCGUGUUGGUGAAGGCUAGGCUGUCCGUACACACUGGCUGACAGAGCAAGGGCUGCAAGAGAGAAGGCAUAGGCCAGUGUUACAACCCAGCUGGCCUCCAUUUGCCUGCCCUGUCCACAUGACAGUUCUGACUCAAGCUGACUGAAGUUUUCCGUGAUUCCAAUGAAAGGGAAAUCAUUUAGGAGUUUUAAUAUUGAAAGCAAGAGAGUUGCAGGUGUUACUGAAACAUUCAUUAUGAGUAAUCCUUUUCAGCACCUAGCAGAGCCACUUGACCCAGCACAGCAAGAUAAAAAGUUUUACAACCUCAAUAAGCUAGGUGACUCUAGAUAUGCCAGGUUACCAUUCUCUAUACGAGUUCUCCUCGAAGCGGCUAUUAGAAACUGCGAUGAAUUUCUGGUUAAAAAACAAGAUGUUGAGAACAUCUUGAACUGGAAACUUACCCAGCAUGACAAUGUGGAGGUACCAUUCCGUCCAGCGCGAGUCAUCCUUCAGGAUUUCACAGGUGUUCCUGCUGUGGUGGACUUUGCAGCCAUGAGAGAUGCAGUAAAGCGUUUAGGAGGUGAUCCACAAACCAUAAACCCGGUGUGUCCUGUGGACUUAGUCAUUGAUCAUUCUAUCCAAGUGGACUUCAACAGAAGGUCUGACAGCUUACAAAAGAAUCAGGAGCUUGAGUUUGAAAGGAACAGGGAAAGAUUUGAAUUUUUGAAGUGGGGCUCUCAAGCUUUUCAGAACAUGAGAAUCAUCCCCCCAGGCUCUGGCAUUAUACAUCAAGUUAAUCUUGAAUAUCUAGCACGAGUAGUGUUUGAUCAAGAUGGAUACUACUAUCCAGAUAGCCUUGUGGGGACUGACUCACACACUACAAUGAUCGAUGGCCUUGGAGUUCUUGGCUGGGGUGUUGGAGGCAUUGAAGCUGAAGCAGUUAUGCUUGGACAGCCAAUCAGUAUGGUACUUCCUGAAGUAAUUGGAUAUAAACUGAUGGGAAAUCCUCACCCGCUGGUAACUUCUACAGAUAUUGUGCUCACUGUAACCAAGCAUCUAAGGCAAGUUGGAGUUGUAGGAAAGUUUGUGGAGUUUUUUGGCACAGGUGUAGCUCAACUCUCCAUUGCUGAUCGUGCCACCAUUGCCAAUAUGUGCCCUGAGUAUGGAGCUACUGCAGCCUUCUUUCCAGUUGAUUUGGUCAGCGUACAGUAUUUGCAGCAAACAGGUCGUGCAGAAGAAAAAGUUCAGUACAUUCAGAAGUAUCUUGAGGCUGCUGGGUUGUUCAGGGACUUUAAUAAUACAAACCAGGACCCAGAUUUUAGUCAGGUGGUGGAGCUGGAUCUCAGCACUGUGGUGCCAUGUUGCAGUGGACCUAAAAGACCUCAAGAUAAAGUGUCUGUUUCUGAAAUGAAAAGUGAUUUUCAAAAUUGCCUAGGAGCUAAGCAAGGAUUCAAAGGUUUUCAGAUUCCCCAAGGGCAUCAUUAUGACAAAGUAAAAUUCCCCUACAAUAACACUGAGUAUGAACUAUCUCAUGGUUCUGUGGUCAUAGCUGCAAUCACAAGCUGCACCAACACCAGCAACCCUUCAGUCAUGUUAGGAGCCGGAUUAUUGGCCAAGAAAGCAGUAGAAGCUGGGCUGUGUGUGAAACCUUACAUAAAGACAAGCCUGUCACCUGGAAGCGGUGUAGUUACUUUUUACUUGAGAGAUAGUGGAGUUCAGCCUUAUCUUUCCAAACUUGGCUUUGAUGUUGUGGGAUAUGGGUGCAUGACAUGCAUUGGGAACAGCGGCCCAUUGCCUGAUCCAGUCGUUGAAGCCAUAACUCAGGGAGACCUUGUAGCAGUAGGUGUCUUAUCUGGUAACAGAAAUUUUGAAGGCAGAGUCCAUCCGAACACACGUGCAAACUACCUCGCUUCUCCUCCUUUGGUCAUUGCUUAUGCCAUAGCAGGAACCAUCAGGAUUGACUUUGAGAAAGAUCCUUUGGGGGUGAAUGCUGAGGGUAAAGAAAUUUACCUCAGAGACAUCUGGCCAACAAGAGAUGAAAUACAAGCCGUGGAAAGGCAAUAUGUAAUUCCUGGGAUGUUCAAAGAGGUCUAUGAGAAAAUUGAGAAAGUCAACGAGAGCUGGAAUGAUUUAAAAGCCCCAACAGAUGAAUUAUAUCCCUGGGACCCCAAAUCAACUUACAUCAAAUCUCCACCUUUCUUUGAUAGUUUGACAAUGGAACUUCAGCCCCCUAAAUCCAUAACAGAUGCAUAUGUUCUCUUAAACUUGGGCGAUUCUGUUACUACUGACCACAUUUCUCCAGCUGGAAACAUUGCAAGAAACAGUCCUGCAGCACGCUAUUUAGUGAACAGAGGGUUAACUCCAAGAGAAUUUAACUCUUAUGGGUCACGGAGAGGGAAUGAUGCUGUCAUGGCGAGAGGAACAUUUGCCAAUAUUCGUUUAUUUAACAAGUUCAUUAAUAAGCAGUCUCCCUCAACUAUAUACUUCCCUUCUAACGAAACUCUUGAUAUAUUUGAUGCAGCUGAAAGAUACCAAAAUGAUGGGCACAAUUUAAUCCUUCUGACAGGAAAAGAGUAUGGUUCUGGAAGUUCUAGAGAUUGGGCUGCAAAAGGUCCUUUCUUACAGGGUAUCAAAGCCGUCCUUGCUGAGAGUUAUGAGCGCAUUCACCGCAGUAACCUAGUGGGGAUGGGGAUCAUUCCUCUACAGUACUUGCCAGGAGAGUCAGCAGAAGCAUUAGGGCUAAGUGGCCAAGAGCGUUACACUAUCGUCAUUCCUGAAGAGAAAGAUCUCCGACCUGGCAUGAAUGUUGAAAUCAAGCUGGACACUGGAAAAUCUUUUGAGGCCAUCAUGAGAUUUGACACGGACGUGGAACUGACAUAUUACCGCAAUGGAGGCAUUCUAAACUACAUGAUCCGUAAAAUGGCCAACUCUAGUUAAUUAAAAGAAAAAAUGAAGCUAAUAAAGAUCCAGCAAAUGACUUGUGGACAUGAAAUUAACAAUUCUCUCCAUCAUAAUCUAACAGACCUUUACAGGAUCAGUGAUGUAUGAGAAAUUGAUUUUUACUUGAAAGGCCAAAUUCUUAAAUUUUUAAGUACUUACGAACCCCUUUGUAUAAUAUAUUACUAGUGUGCAGAAGAAAGAUAGUAGUAUUUCCUGAUUCCUUCAGAAGAAUAGCACAGACAGCUGUGUGUAGAUUAAUAUGCACCCAAGUUAACAUUAUGAUGCAGGAAUGUCACUACAAGCUUUCCACAUACAGCAGCUUUUCCAGACAUUAUUACCCCCUUUACAGGUAUGUCUUUCACCUUCAGGUUAACUUUUAGUAUGUUAUAGAAUGGGCUGUUAGCAAGAUUUCAGUUGGUCUUCAUUUUUUAUUUUUUACAGUUCUUAAUUAUUCCUCUUCUGGCUCUUUCCAGAUUUCAAAUGGGGUUAGUGGCCCUUGGCAGCCAAAAAAACUCUUCCUCUGUAAAGGUUAUAAUUUUAUUGUUAUUGUUCCUUUGUAUUACUCAUCUUUCUGUUUAGGCCCUCCUCUAUUCAUAUUCCUGUCACUUUUUUUAAACCACUGCCUGGUUGCUAGGUUAAAAUGGACCCUAGUAACCAGAUAGCUUCUGAAAUUCCAAACCUGAACAAAAAGCUAAAUAAUUCAAAAACUGCAAAUAAAAAGUGAAAGCCAAUUGCAAAGUGUCACAAAAUAUAUAUCUCAAAGUUAAUUUAAAGGUGCAUGAUUACAUUCUUGAUAUCAUACCUCCAGAGCAAUGGUUUACACUUCGUGUAGUGUAUGGUGACUUAAGGUUCCAUAAACUUCUGUGUUCCUCUACAUUACAUAUUUCUAAAUGUGCAAAGUAAAAACAUGGUUUAACCUAUAUGUUCAGAGUUCUUAUGAGAAAACUAACAUAGGACCUUGCACUCAGGGUAAAAAUUUGAAACGGUCGCCACUAGAAACCAUAUUGACUCACUAAGCAGCACCAAAUUUGUUUUUUACAGCCCCUAUGAUAAUAAAUAUUUUUUUUUUUAAUUUCCAAAUGAAGUCCCUAUGACCAAUAUUAUACGUACAUUAAGACACAUGCUACAUGCUUUAUUACUUUCCUUAAUCAUUAGUUUCUCCAAGUGUGCUUAUAAGUCUAGCAUCAGGCCUCAUUCGUAGUACCGCAAGAAAUGAUUUGAUCAUUGUAGAAUUCAUAGAGAAUGAAUUUAGAAUGUAUUACUCAUACCGAAUGAUUGAUCGGCGUAAUCUCGCAUACUAAUUGGUUGCUCAGAGGAUAGUCUAGUAAUGCAAGCGGUGCAAAUAACAAUUGGUGGAAAAAUCCAAUGAAAUCUUUGUGGCAGCGGCAGUAAGUCAUUAAAUAUGAUGAUGAAUAUUGUUUAGGUUGCUAAAGACCUUUUUUCAAGAAUAUUAAAUGUGAAUUUUUCUAUUGCUACAUUUUAUUUUCUUGCUAUCCUAGUUUUGCCAGAUGCAAAAAAAAAAAUGUUAAUGAGGAAACACUUUAUAAAAGCAACCCAAAUAAACCUAUUUUCAAGAGUCA